UCACAAUGCAACUACAGCCGGAUCCCAAAUUUAGAAAUCCCGGCCGGACGCUUUUUUAAGGUCCGAAAAAGAGGACUUAUGGUCACUAUCCAAACUAACUACCGCAGUGUGCUCGAGACAGGAUUCAAGAGCACAUUCGGAAGAUUUGAGAUGAGAAGACGUCUUGCUGUGGAGUCCGGUGCUGAGGCAUGUCUUUGAGAGAGUCUCCUUUCUCCGAUGGUGUUUUGGAAGUUCUCCAUGCUGUAGGAUGGGGUCUCAUCUUCCCGUGUUUCUGGUUCCUGGACCGCCUCAUCGCCAACUGCGUCUACACCACUCUGGAGCGCUUGCAGAGGCGCGAGCAGCUCCUUCCACUUCAGGUCAUCUUCGGCUCCAUCCUCUUUUUCAUCUUAUUCGUAAUUUCCACACCCUUCGCCCUCCUGGGGUUUGUGCUAUGGGCGCCUCUGCAAGCAGUUCGCAGGCCGUUCUCAUACCACCAACAGUUACCAAUUAUCCCCAUGGAGGACCGGAAUGCCCAGUGGGAGGAGACGGGUAAAGUCAGUUUCGGAUUUGUAUCGGCCAACCUGUGCCUACUGCCCGACAGCCUAGCGCGCUUCAACAACCUCGGACACACGCAGCAACGUGCCGAAAUCAUCGGACAAAACAUCGUCCAAGGUGUGAUGCGCCCUCACAUCCGUAUUUCCGUGGAUUCUCCAAGUAGCUGCGGCACGGUGAUGCCAUCCAGCAGUCUGCUUCCACAGGCCGCCCCAUCCACGUAUGGAUCAGUAGACUCCAACGCAGGACAGACGGGGGACGUUGAACCGGAUGGAAAUAUUCCAAAUAGUUCCGCAAGGAAUUCCAAAGAACUCAACUGCAUCCAAAACUCCAACCAGCAUGGCGUCCAAGCGCGCAGACACUGCGACAUUCCGAUGGAAGUGUCCGCUUUGUUCCCGCCCACUGUGGAUAUUGUGUGCCUGGAGGAAGUUUUCGAUAAGAGAGCUGCUUUCAAACUCAUGCAGGCCCUCGGACCGCUCUAUGGUCAUGUGAUCUAUGAUGUCGGUGUUUAUGCGUUCCAGCCGCCUGGAACCUGCUCCUCUUUCAAGUUUUUUAACAGUGGAUUAUUCGUGGCCAGUCGCUUUCCCGUGAUUGAGGCCCGGUACAACUGCUUUACCAACGGCCGCGGAGAAGAUGCACUGGCUGCCAAAGGCCUGCUCUCUGUAAAGGUGGAAAUAGGGUUGCAAAAAGGAGACAAGAAAAUGGUUGGAUAUUUUAACUGCACUCACCUACAUGCUCCUGAAGGACAUGGAGCGACACGCUUUGAGCAGCUCAACAUGUUGACUAAAUGGAUCAAUGAGUUUCAAGCAGGCACCAAGAAAGCGGACGAAAUGGUGAUGUUUGAUGUGCUGUGCGGAGACUUCAACUUCGACAACUGUUCCCCUGAUGACAAUCUGGAGCAAAGGCACGGGCUGUUUGAAGACUACAGAGACCCCUGUAGAGCGGGACCGGGUCAAGAGAAGCCCUGGGCCAUAGGGACCCUAUUGGAACAACCGAGUCUCUAUCAUGAGAACGUGCGGACCCCCGACAACCUGCAGCGAACUUUGGAAAGUGAAGACCUGCGCAGAGGGUAUUUAUCCCCUCCAGUCCCCAUGACCGGUGUCCCUAUGGUGUACCCCGAGCCCGAUCAACCCUGGGUGGGACGUCGGAUUGAUUAUCUUCUGUAUCGAGAGAACUCCAUCGCCAGUCGCUGCUCAACAGAGGUGGAAGAGUUUACGUACGUGACUCAGCUGGCGGGUUUGACGGAUCACAUCCCCGUGAGCUUUAGACUCGGUGUCACGCUGGAUUCAGAAGAGAUGUGAAGAUCAUCGGUCAUGCACGCUUUCCAGUGGACCAGACUUACACAUCUGCAUAUUCAUGAGAGAGAGAGAGAGAGACACACACACACACAGAGAGAGAGAGACAGACACAGAGAGAGACAGACACAGAGAGAGACAGAGAGAGAGACACACACACACAGAGAGAGAGAGACAGACACAGAGAGAGACAGACACAGAGAGAGACAGACACAGAGAGAGAGACAGACAGACAGAGAGAGAGAGAGACAGACACAGAGAGAGACAGACACAGAGAGAGACAGAGAGAGAGAGAGACAGACAGACAGAGAGAGAGAGAGAGAGAAUAACUUUGAAAUAUUUGCCAUGUGAGGAGAAAAACACUAAAUAUCACAAUCUGAGUUACUAUCUGAUCAAUGCAAUCGUUUCUGUGCAUACACUCGAUGCCAUAUAGUUUGUGUGUGUGAGUGUUUGUGUUUGUUUGUGUGUGUGAGUGUAUGUUUGUGUGUUGUGUUUGUUUGUGUAAGUGUUUAUGUGUGUAUUUUUGGGUGUUUGUGUGUGUGUGUGUGUGUGUGUUUGUUUGUGUGUGUAUUUUUGGGUGUUUGUGUGAGUGUUUGUAUUUGUUUGUUUGUGUGUGUGUGUUUUUGGGUGUUUGUGUUUGUUUGUGUGUGUGUGUUUUUGGGUGUUUGUGUGAGUGU